AUGCUUUUUCUCGCUCUUCUCGCACCUCUCCUCCAGCUCGCAGCUGCUGCUCCUACUUUGGAUGUGGCAGAGGGAAGCAGCAAUGAGCUCCUUAAGCGUGGUGAUGGCUCGGGCAUACACCUUGUGAACUGUGACGGCUUUGGAGGCGAGGGUACCAUUGUGCCCCCAAGCUCCCAUGUUGUUUAUUGCGCAAACGAUAGCAACUGCAACUUCUCGCCCUCUGGUGAUAAUAUCUGCACUAUGGGAGUAAACUUUUGGUUUACAUGGGAGGGACAUGCUCAAGCCUGCACAUUCUCUACUGGCGCCAAGUUUUCUUGGUUUAUUGACAGCAACGCACAGUCGCAAGCAAACUUUGCGCAUGUUGGCGAUGGUGGUAACCAGUUCCGGGCCUAUGCGGGUUAUAAGGACGAUAAGCACACGAUGUUUUUCAGGGGAAGUGGCCAGUGCCAUUCUAUUUACUACUUUAUCUAA